AUGUCGCAAUGGGGUCAGGGCUACCAGUAUCCCAUGCAGACGGGGUAUAACCCCCAGCAGUUCCAACAGCUUCCUCCUCAACAGACGGGCUUCCCUGGCCAACAGCCAGGGUUCCAGCAGCCCCAGCAGACGGGCUUCCCUGGUCAGCAAAGCUUCCAACAGCCUCAGCAAACUGGAUAUCUCGGACAGCUUCAGCCCCAACGCACCGGCUUCGCUGGCCAGCUGCAGCCCCAGGCCACAGGCUUCCCUGGCGGCUUCCAGCAACGCGCACCCCCGCCCCCCGUCCCGCCCGUGCCCCCUCUCCCCUCUCAGUUCCAGACGCAGCCGCAGCAGAACCAGAGCGGCUUCCUCAGCGCGCAACCCGCGAGCAACUUCAUGGGGGGCUCCCCCGGGCUCUCCCCGCUCCAGGCACAGGCGACCGGCUUCCCUGGGGGAAGCGGGGGCCUGCGCCCGCUCGUUCCGCAGGCGACCGGCUUCGUCGACCCGCGGCUGCAGAUGAUGACGAACACGUUUCUGCCCGCGAACACCGCCUCGCCCUACAACGCCGCAGGCCUCCCGCAGUUCCAGCAGCAGCAGAGCGACUUCAGCCUCCAGCAGUCGUUCCAGCAGCACAACCAGGCGCAGCGCGGGAGCGCCGCCCCACGCGUGCCGUGGACGCUGUCCAAGGGGGAGAGGAAGCAGUACGACCAGAUCUUCCGCGCGUGGGACACGUCGGGGACGGGCUUCAUCAACGGGCAGACGGCGUUGGAGGUGUUCGGGCAGAGUGGGCUGGAUAGGAAUGAUCUUGCGAAGAUCUGGGGUCUUGCGGAUGUCGACAACCGCGGCAAACUGAACCUCGCUGAGUUCCAUGUGGCCAUGGGUCUCAUCUACCGAAAGCUCAACGGGAAUGAGAUCCCCGAGAUGCUUCCGCAGGAGCUCGUCCCUCCGUCACAUCGCGAUUUGGAGAACUCUGUUGACGUUCUGAAGGACAUUCUCAAGCACGACACUCGCGCCCGUUCUCCGGCCGCCCCUGACGCUCAAAUAUCUCGUCUGCGCGAACGAUCCUUCUACUCCAACGCCGAGGGUGCUGGUGGCCGUCAAGAUGCCACUGUAUACAAGUUCAAAGACGAGGCUCCGAGCGGCGGCUUCUACCAGCCUCGCAAUCGUCACGUUGACCGUGCCGCCAUCCGCACGGACAGCGAGAGCGCCAGCCCGGCUGCAGACCUCGAUGAUAUGAAGCGCCAGUUGGAGAACACCGUUAAGAUGCUGGACCGCGCCGCGGACGAGAGGGACGCUCGCACUGCUGAGGACGACGCGCUGGAGCGUGAGAUGUCCGACUUGCGCUACCGCGUCAAGAGGGUACAGGAGGACAUCGACUACGCGUCGCGUGGUCCGCGGUCCGUCGCCAAGGACGAUGAGCGCCGCAAGCUCGAGCGUGAGCUCCUGGAACUCAUGCACGAGAAGCUCCCCGACCUCGAGCGCCGCGUCAAGGACCGUGAGGAGCGGAAGGAGAGGGAGAAGCGAGAGUGGGCACGCGACCGCGACCGGCGCAACGAGCGGUUCGGACGUUACGACGACCGCGACGACCGCCUCGGGUCCAGCAGAUACGACCGCGACCGCGACUACGAGAGACCCCGGAGCGCUUACGACCGUGAAGACCGCGACCGCGACAGGGAUUACCGCGACCGGGAUCGCGAUUUCGACCGCGAUAGGCCUUACUCCCGCAACAGGGACCGCGACUAUGACCGUCCGCGUAGCCCUGCCGUUCGUGACUCUCCUGCACCACCACCACCGCCGCCUGCGCCCACAACUUCCUCUCGUGCUCCUCCCUCCGCGCCGUCGGAGCCCAAGAAGCCCAUGACUGCUGAAGAACGCCGGGCCCUUGCUCAACAGAGGAUCCGUGAACGCCAGGCCGCCCUUGGCAUAAUCGACCAUUCGCCGUCUCCCACUAUAGACACCUCAGUGGGAGACCGUCUCGCUCAGGAGAGGAAGGAAGCCGAGGAGAAGGCCAAGGCUGCAGAGCUCGAAGCUGAGAAACGGGAACAACUUCGCAAGGAGCGUCUGGAGGGCGAAAAAGCGCUGAAGGAAGGCAAGUCACCCACUUCAUCCGCCGUUCCUGCAAUCCCACCUGCUGUUUCCUCGCAAGUGCCGACUCCUAAGCCGACUCCCCCACCUGCUCCGAAACCUAAGGCCCCUGCUCCGCCCCCACCACGCAGCAAGGGACCUCCGCCGCGGCCCCCUCCUUCUCGUGUUACAGCGGCCCCAGUGGCUCCGGCGGCACCCCCAGCACCUCCGGCAGCACCUCCCGCUCCUGCGCUUGCGCCUGCCGCUGCCCAGCUUGAUCCUGAGGAUGAAGCUCUUCGCGCUAGAGAAGAGGCCGUUCGCAAGCAGCGCGAACGACUUGCACGUCUUCGUCAGCUUGAGCAGGAGGAAGAUGAGGCACGGCAGGCAGAGGAGCAAUACCAGGCUCGUCAACGUACGCUCAAGGAGCAGAGAGAAGCCGCGACCAAGGUGGCGGCGGCACCUCCCCCACCUCCUCCUGCUCCAGUUGCUGCUCCCGAGCCCGUCACCCCGGCCGUUCCACCACCUCCUGCACCCCCAGCACCCCCAGCACCCCCAGCGCCACCUGCUGCCAACCCACCCGCCCCCGGCUCGUCAUCUCACAAUCCUUUCAGCCGCAUGAUGGGACAAGGAACGAGUGCAGUGUCUUCCCCUGCUGCUGUCACGGCUAGCAGCACGAACCCGUUCUUCAAGUCACAGACUGCUGCCCCCGAUGCUCCCGCGCCUCCCCCUGCGCCCCCGGCCCCCGUACGCACGCCGUCUAUCCCCGCGCCACCCAAGAGCCCCGCACCUCCCGCCGUCAGGACUGGUUAUCACACUGCCCCCGCGGACGACGAUGACGACUGGGAUGAGAUCAAGGAGCAUGAGAGCGACGACAGCAGCGACGACGAGCUUGAUUCGUCGAGGGAUACGCGCAACAAGCUCGCCCAGCAACUGUUUGGCAACAUCAUGCCGCCCUCUCGCCCUCAGUCGGCUGCGGCCUCUGCCGGCGAGCCCCGCCCCUCCUCCACCGCCCCUCCUCCUCCAUCGGCGCCGCCCAUGACCAUGAAUAUCCCCGCGGCAGCUAACGGAGCGCCUCCUCCCCCGCCCCCUCCCCCUGGAGGUGCAGGCGGUGCGGUCGCUGCCCCCGCCCCCAGCGGCGGCCGCAAUGCGCUCCUCGGUGCCAUUCAGGCGGGAGCCAAGCUCCGCAAGGCGAAGACGAACGAUCGCAGUGCCGCUGCAUUGUCCGGUUCAGUCCUAGGGGAUGCCGCACCCCCCGACCACAUCCUCAAUGCGGCUCGCGCGCCCUCCCCACCUGCGCCUGAGCCUGAGCCCACGCCGACGCCGGUUAUGUUGUUUGCCGAGCCCCCGGCGCCUGUGGAGUUACCCCCGAUGGACACGCCGAGGAAUUCGAACCGUGAGUCCGUUGACUGGUAUGCCGGGCUGGCUGCUGAGGGCUCGGCGGUGCAACGCCUCGCGACGGAAAUUCCGGACACAGUUCAAGAGGAAGAAGAAGAGCCUGCACCCGCACCCGUCCCUCAAAUCCAGGUCGAUGGCGGCGAUGACAGCGCAAUGGCUGAUGUGGAUAUGAGUACUGAGUACCGCGUGCGCUCACUCUACACGUACGAGGCCCAGCGUGCUGAAGAAUUGUCCUUCGCCGAGAACCUGAUCAUCACUGCGCACCCCUCCAAGACUGGUAGCGACUGGUUGUACGGCACAAUCGUUCGUGACGGCAAGACCGGGUUCUUCCCUAAAACCUACGUGGAGCAGAUCACUCCUGCCAUCGCCCACGCGAUGUACGACUACAACGGCGCGAACGCGGACGAGCUCCCGUUCUCGGAAGGCGAUCAACUCACGAUCGUGGAAAAGACGGAUGCGGAUUGGUGGAAAGCCGAACGGGGUGGAAUGGUGUUCAUCGUGCCCGCGGCGUACCUGACACUUGCAGAUGGUUAUCCCGGCGCGGAAGUGCCCGCGCCCACGCGGCUCGACCUGCACAUCGAUGUUCCAAACGUGGACGAGAUCCCGAGCGACGAUGAGCCGGAUUCGGAAGCAGAGUCGAGUGAGUAUGAGACCGCAAGCGACUCCGAGUCGGAUUCGGACGAGGAAGAGCCCGAUGAGGACGCGCGCGGAGAGGAGCGCGCCGCGCGUGAGGCAGAGCGUCAGCGUGUCCUCGAAGCUGCCGGCCUCAUCGUGAAGCAGGACGCCUCAGCGCAACCGCCGCCGCGCCCGGUGCGGCGCAAAAACAGCCGGCGCGCAGCCCCCGCGGUACCCGACCGCGCGCGCGCGGUGUCGCCGCUGAAGGAGCUCCCGCCGCUCCCGCUCGACGACGCGUACGAGCGGUACGAGGCGUUCCGGCAGAGCCACCUCGCGGUCGCGGCCUCCAACAGGCUCUCGGUCGCGUCCAUCGACAGCGUGGGGACGUCGAGCCCGACGGCGUCGACGUUCUCAAGCGCGGCGCCGACGAGCGCGAGCGUGGGCACAGAGGGCGGCGCCGAGGGGCGGCACGGCGGGGGCAGCGGCUUCCUCAGCUUCUUCGGGCGGUCGAAGACGCCGGCGAACGACGGUGAGGCCGCGACGCCGACGCGGCCUGUGAUCUCCGCGCCGAUCCUCCAGCGCGAGCCGUCGCCGGGACCAGAGGCGGAGUUUGGGACGUCGUGGGCGAGCCUGGUGGACAAGUCCGCGCUCACGGGGAUCCCCGCGGGCGAGCGCAAGCGACAGGAGGCGAUCUUCGAGCUCAUCGUCACCGAGGGCGCGUACGUGCGCGACCUGCAGCUCGUCGUCGAGCACUUUUACGCGAACGUGUACUCCAUCCUCGACCAGAAGGCGCGGACGGUCAUCUUUGCGAACGUGGAGGACAUUCUGCUCAUGAACACGACGUUCUUGAGCUCGCUGGAGGAGAGGCAGAAAGACUGCCGGCUGUACAUCGACAAGAUCGGGGACAUCGUGCUGUCGAACAUGGAGAACCUCUCUGUGUACAUGGACUACUGUGUGAACCAGGCCACGGCCAUCAAGGUGCUCCAGAGCCUCCGUCAAUCAAACCCCGAGCUCUCAUCGACUCUUCAGCGGCUCCGCGACGACCCGGCCGCACGGAACCUCGACCUUUCAAGCUAUCUUCUCGUGCCCAUGCAACGGAUCACGCGGUACCCGUUGCUGUACAAGCAAAUCAUCCAGUACACUGACCCAGGCGAGGACCGGACGGGCAUCGAGCGUGCGCAGGCGAUGGCCGAACGCGUGCUCAGUCACAUCAACGAGACGAUCCGCGAGCAGGAGGGCCGAGAGCGGCUCAAGGAGAUCUCGAAGGACCUCUGGGUCGGCCAGGGGCGGCUCGACCUCACCGCGCCGACGCGGUACAUGGGCACGCGCAAGCUGCUGAAGGAGGGCGUGCUGACGAAGGCGAAGAGCGGGCGCAAGCUCCGCGCGUUCCUGUGCAACGACAUCCUCGUGCUCACCGAGGCGACGACGAUGUCGCUCUACCGCAUGGUGUGCUAUUUCGCCGUUCGUCUUCAAACGGUUCGGCUCACUCCCCGGACAGACGACGCAGCGUUCCGGCUCGCGAUGGCCUACCCGCGCGGAGGCGACACCAUCGUACUUCGGGCGACGUCUGUGCGCGAUGCGCAGGCGUGGAUGCAGGCCAUCUACACCGCAUGCAAGCACUAUAGAGACGCGCUGAGAAGAACGACGCGGCGAUCGCGAGGUUGA